GGCGGGGGCACGAGCGAGGCCUGCAGACCCGGCUGACAGCCUCUCUCUCUCGCUCUUCUUACUUUCGUCGCCGCUCGUUCGCCGGAGCGCCGGGCAGAAUGUCGGAACUGAGCGAUGAAGCCAGCGAGACCGAGCUCUUGAACCGCAGCCUAACCAUGUGGCAUGGAGAGAGCCAAGCCGCCAGCCCCCAAGAAUUAGACAUACCUUUGGAUCUUCACACAGCCGCUUCCAUAGGCCAGUAUGAGGUGGUGAAGGACAGUAUUGAACGAGGGGAGAAGGAUUUGGAUCAGAAGAACCGAGGCGGUUGGACUCCGCUGAUGUACGCCUCCUACAUCGGUUAUGACACCGUUGUGCGCAUGCUGCUACAAGCCGGAGCAAACGUGAAUAUGUCCACCCCAGAAGGACAGACCCCGCUGAUGUUGGCAGCCAGCUGUGGGAACGAAUGUGCGGCUGCCUUUUUGCUCCAGCAAGGUGCGGAGUUAGAGAUGACGGACAUCCAUGGGUGGACUGCCCUCUUUCAUUGCACCAGUGCUGGCCAUCAGCAGAUGGUGAAGUUCUUACUGGACAGUGGAGCCAAUGCCAACUGCAGGGAACCCCUUUGUGGAUACUCCGCUCUGAUGGAAGCAGCGGCUUCUGGUCAUGAGAUCAUCGUCCAGUAUCUCCUCAGCCAUGGCGUGAAAGUGGACAUACGGGACAGCACGGGGGCCACAGCACGGACCUUGGCCAUGAAAUACGGACACAUGAAGAUUGUUGGGCUGAUAGACUUGCAUACGGCGCCUGUGCCCAAAGUGUUGCGGAGAGGCACAGGGAAGUACGAAGAUCUGAGCUCCUCUGAUGAGUCUUACUGUGCUCCCCAAAGACAAAGGCCUGCCCGCAAAUCCAGGGGACCCAGUAUUCACGAAGGGCCUCACGCUCUGGCCAAGAUCACAGCAGUCAGAACUGGUGGGAAAAAUCGGCUUCAUCAUGAGCAGGUCCCGCCAGAAGGCUACGUCACCUUUAAAGACGAUGGAAGCGGCUUGGAGGGAGGGGGCCUUCGAUACCGGGAUGUCAUCUCCCCCAUCAAUGACCGUGACGUGGAGAGCAGUAGCAGCCGAGAAGAGAAUUCCUUCUUCACAAAUGACAUGGGUGCCAUCAAGACCAGCAGUAGCAGUGAAGGCCUGGCCAGAACUGUGGGCAUCAGCAGCGAGGGCUCCUUAGAGAGCAAUGAGGAUUCUGACUCAGCAGCCAAGUCCUCCAGCCGAAAACAUGCCAAGAGUUCCAUGAAGGCCAAGAAUCGCUAUGGCAACAGUGACACUCACUGGCCUUGGAAAGCCAAGGCCUCAGCUCAACACCACGGCCCAUCUAAUGAUGAGACCCCCUCCUGCGCUGGACCACAGGACCUGGCCACCUUCCUAGACCAGAUUGGCUGCCUGAAGUACUUGCAAAUCUUUGAGGAGCAAGAUAUUGACCUCCGCAUCUUCUUGACUUUAACGGAGAGUGACUUAAAAGAGAUAGGCAUCACGCUCUUUGGACCAAAAAGGAAGAUGACCUCUGCCAUUGCCCGAUGGCACAGCAGUGCCCGGCCACUGAAUGAUGCCCUUGAGCUGGCCUACGCCGACCGCCUGGAAGCCGAAAUGCAAGAAUUGGCCAUCCAGCUUCACAAGAGGUGUGAGGAGGUCAAAGGGCUGAAAGGACAGGUGAGCCAGGAGCAGGAGCUGCGAGCGGUGGUGGAGAGCUGCCUCAUGGAGCAGGACGUGGCCUGGAGCAAUGCCCAGGCUCAGCUCCAAGAAGUCCAGGGCGUCAACAGAAGUGCUGGGCUCCUCCUGGAACACAUGCGGGCCUGUCAGGCAGAGCUGGCUUCCCGGAUCAACCAGGAGCAGACAGUCAGCCAGGGAUUGGAGAUCAAAGCAAAAUUAGGAGCCAGCCCCGAAGGAUGGUCACCUACCUUGAAGGCCCUUAGCCUGCCUGAGCUGGCAGCUCUUCUGGAGGAAUGUGUGGGGGAAAUGGGGACAACUCUCUCUUCUGUCAACCGUAGCCUUGAGAGGCUACAACGUCCAGAGAAGGGGAAGGCUGUCCACAAACAGCCCUAGCGGUAGAGGAAGACACGCUGACGUUGGGUGAACGUUCCACCCUGAAGCUGUGGUUGCCUGCAAGAGUGAAGCGAGCGCAAGUGAUGGAUCGGCGGCAGAGGCCAUCUCCAGUUAAGGGCCUCGGAAUACGCCGCUGCCAUCGGUGGCGAAGGAGGGCAGAACCGCUGGAUGGCACGCCUGCGGUGCUGAAGGAGGAACGCGGGUCAGAUGAUUCUGCAAAGCCUGGAGAACGUUGAACACAGGAGCUCUCUAAAGCUUGGAAGUGCCAAGGAAGCAAGUUCAUGUGAGCCCAGUUGUGGAAGACGCGGUUUUCUGUCUCUUAAUAAGCAAGCAAGUAUCAUUGAUACCAAUAUCUGAGGUUCUUUCUUCCUCCAUCUCUGGGAGCAUAACGGGAAACAUCACGGCAAUAAAACUCUCAGCCUAAGGAUUUCAUCCUCUCUUGACCUAGAGGCCGAAAGAGUUUGCAAUUCUCCCCUCUCUCAAUUUUAUCCUUUCUUUUCUCUUUCCAAUCAAAUGUGAUUUUUUUAAAAAAAAUAAAGUGGAAAUGCUUAUUUUA